CAAUUUUCAAUGUCACAAAAUAGAGUCUUGUGAUUCAUAAUCUCUCUCUCAGGAGUUUUGUGAUGCGAAUUCCUCAACUAGACAAGCGCUUCUCUCUGCUGCUCUGCAUAAAGUUGAAGACUGCGGUGCCUGUCAUUAUCGGAAGUUACAACUCACACACCUCACUCUUGUGCGUGCAUGGUGUUAGUUGAAGGGGAAGCAUCCUACCAAUUGUCAUAAUUUUUGGUAUCUUCAUAUAAUUUCGCAUCAUCUAGCCUCGUUAAAAGAAGUUGGUCUCACGUAUGAAGUUGUCGAAGACCUCAAGUAAUCAAAGGUUUGAUAGAAAACAACCAAUAGAUUGGCUUUCCUUCAUCACUGAUGACCAUGCUAAGUUAGCAAUUCCGGUUGGACCGCGUUUCCAAGUAGACAUUCCAUCUUGGAAUCCCCCAUCCUCCAAGAGUCGCAUAACCAUUGGUGAUACGGAGUUGAAUGAUGAAAAUAAGUUGUUAGACUCGAUAAUAUGGCCGCCGAAAGGAAGAAGCCAAAAUGUGUACCAUGAUAGGGUCGGAAGAGGAAGACCUCAAGAUUGUUUAUGUGCAUUUCCAGGGUCUAUAGAGUGCGUUAGACAACACGUGUUAGCCAAAAGAUUCCAAUUAAAGGUCGAACUUGGCCCCGUCUUUUGGAAAUGGAGGUUUGAUGUCAUGGGAGAAGAUGUCUCCAAGGUAUGGAAUCAGGAGGAACAGAGGAAAUUUAAUGAUAUUGUGAAAAAGAAUCUUACAUCUCAUGAUACAAGCUUCGUGGAGGCCGCCUCACGAUGUUUGCCAUGCCAUAGCAAAGGAAGCAUCAUUAGCUACUAUUUGAAUGUGUACAUCCCAAGGCGGAUAGGUGUUCAAACUAGGUCGAGUUGCAAUAUCGUCGACACAGAUGAUGAUAACAACAAUGAUGAUGAGGAAGAGAAUAAUAGCGAUGAUGAUGAUUCUGUCAAUGAUGGUGAGGACAUCAUGCAUCCCAAGGGGUCGCUUAAGAGGUUACAUGCUGGCUUUACUUCCUCCACUCGUAAAUACAUGAAGAUCGCAUUUGACCUCAUGCCGUUACCCUAACUGGAUCGAAUGCUUCGUUUUUGCCAAUCUCGACUAUAAUCCCUCUUGUACCAAAUCUCCCCGCAACGGGUUGGGCGUCGCAUCGACAAGGUGAGCGUCCUUAUACUUCUUCGAACUUGUGCCUAGCCUGAAUUCGCCUUAGGAUUUGGUCUCUUUGUACACGAUCUUUAUCAAUUUCAUCGAUUUGCUCAAAUAUGAAGCUCAUGCGAUCCUAGAGAAAUGUGGGUUGUGGCAGAUGGAGAUUGGGGAGUGGAGCCAAGCAUGACGCAAACACGAGAAGUUCAAUGAGUUGGGAAUUCGAAAGAGUAGGUGAAUGUGGUUUGAUCAAUUGAGGCGCCAGAGCAGGAGAUGAGAGAGCGCCAAUUUUUCUAUCAGGGGUGCGGAAAUUGGAAAUAGUGGAGCUAUCAUAUUUUAAAUAUUUUUCUUUGUAUUUUAUACUCCGCCCCAAAAAGUAUGAACUAUUUCCUUUUUUUAUCCAUCCCUAAAGAGCAUGAAUUUUCUAA